GAGGCGGGGCAAUUAGUAGGGUUUGUUAAUCAGAUGAACCAUUGAAUGGGGGCGGGAGGACGACGGAUGGAGAUGGCAGCGGCGAUAUCGCUGGACGGGGUUCGGGACAAAAACGUGAUGCAAUUGAAGAAGCUCAACACCGCCCUCUUCCCCGUCCGCUACAACGACAAGUAUUACGCCGACGCUCUCGCCUCCGGCGACUUCACCAAACUCGCUUAUUUCAGUGACAUAUGUGUUGGUUCCAUUGCAUGUCGACUCGAGAAGAAGGAAGGAGGGGCCAUCUGUGUUUAUAUCAUGACCCUGGGUGUUUUGGCACCAUAUCGUGGGCUUGGAAUUGGUACAAAGUUGUGUUUUACAGGUACGAAGUUGUUGAGUCAUGUACUGGAUCUUUCUUGCAAGCAGAACAUCUCGGAGGUGUACUUGCAUGUGCAGACUAACAAUGAUGACGCAAUUGCCUUCUACAAAAAGUUUGGAUUUGAAGUCGUAGAUACAAUACAAAAUUACUAUACGAACAUUAGCCCACCUGAUUGUUAUGUGCUGAGUAAAAGUAUUGCCCAAGAUCAUGCAAAAAAGUGAUCCUCUUAUGUAUUUAUUUGUACCAACAAAUUGAUACUCUCCAGCUUAUGAGAUCUUCCAAAUAAUUUUGGUUACAUUUUUUUCAUAUAGCUCAAUCAUCUUUGUAAAUCUUCACAGCUGACCUUAAUCCCUUGGGGGGUAGUCAGUACAUUGAAUGUUUUGGGCGACAGGCAUUAAUUUGUGUGUCUGAUUUGGUCGA